CUGAUUUUUGCCUUGUUUUUGAGCUCAUUGCUCUCACGACAGACACCUCAUUCAUCCAUCCAAACAUGCACCCCACGUUCCACCAACACAUACUACAUGGCACAGAACAGAAACUACCACCAAUCAAAACAUAGUAAAUUCUUCGAAGAACACCAAUCUGUUGGGUCAUUUGGUGGCUGGUCUUAUCUCCCCCCUUGUCUCCGACCACGGACAAGGUGUGAAACAUCUCUUAUGUUUGUUCAUUGCGUAGAACCUUCUCUUUUCUUUUCGUAAUUUUAUUUCCUACGAACAUUAAAGAUGGUUCGUGCUCUUGAACAAGAACAAGAAAAUUAUAGGUCUAGAUUGUAUCAUUUCAAAGGGAUGAAUGAGAAUGCAGGCGGUCGGCAUGUUAAGAGCUUGAGCGCGGAUGAUAGUUCUAGUUUGGCAGAAUACUCUUCAAUGGAUGAUAGAAUAACAUCUAGAGGCCAUCAGCCUCCAAGACCUGUUAAUGAAAAGGGUCCUAGAUCAAGGUCAGGCAAGGAUGAAGCCGGUGCUGCAGGAAAAGAUAAUAAAAAUCCAGAAAUGGAACAGAUGAAGGAAAGGUUCGCUAAAUUGCUCCUUGGGGAGGAUAUGUCUGGUGGAGGAAAGGGUGUCUCUUCAGCUCUGGCAUUGUCAAAUGCAAUUACAAACCUUGCUGCUUCUGUGUUUGGCGAACAACGACGUCUAGAGCCCAUGUCACCAGAAAGAAAAGCAAGGUGGAUAAGAGAAAUUGAUUGGCUCUUAUCUGUAACCGAUCACGUUGUCGAACUUGUUCCUUCCCAGCAAAAAUCCAAGGAUGGAUCAAAUAUGGAGAUAAUGGUGACACGACAACGAAAUGAUCUUCAUAUGAACAUCCCAGCUUUGCGCAAGCUUGACGCAAUGCUUCUUGACUCCCUAGAUAACUUCAAAGACCAAAAUGAGUUCUAUUAUGUUUCAAGAGAUUCCCCUGAGUCAGAAAAAGGAGGCACCAAGAGAAAAGAUGAUAAAUGGUGGCUACCUACUGUCAAAGUCCCUCCAGAUGGUUUAUCAGAAAGGGCUAAAAAAUUUCUUCAUUACCAAAAGGACUCUGUGAACCAAGUUCUCAAAGCAGCCAUGGCUAUAAAUGCUCAAAUUCUUUCAGAAAUGGAGAUUCCUGAAAACUACAUUGAAUCCCUUCCCAAGAAUGGGAGGGCUAGCCUCGGAGACUCGGCGUAUAGGAGUAUUACACUUGAGUACUUCGAUCCUGAUCAAUUUCUGUCCACUAUGGACUUGUCAUCAGAACAUAAAAUCCUAGACCUCAAGAACAGAAUAGAGGCCUCCAUAGUAAUUUGGAGAAGGAAAAUGAAUCAGAAAGAUGGUAAAUCUGCUUGGGGAUCUGCUGUCAGUUUGGAGAAGAGAGAACUCUUUGAAGAGAGAGCAGAAACUAUCUUACUCCUUCUAAAACAACGCUUCCCUGGACUUCCUCAAUCUUCACUAGAUGUUAGCAAAAUUCAAUAUAAUGAGGAUGUAGGGCACGCUAUCUUGGAAAGCUAUUCAAGAAUUCUAGAAACCUUGGCCUCGACAGUCAUGUCUCGAAUUGAAGAUGUGCUCUAUGCUGAUCAUGUUGCUCGAAAUCCAUCUCACGCAGGACACACGAGUAACACGUUAAAAGAGGCACCACAAGUACUGGUUUCUCCCAAAGAAGGGAUGGAGAAGAACUCAGAAGAUACAAACGCUUCAAUGACACUGUCUGAUUUUAUGGGUUGGAGUCAGGAACAAAAUGACACUACAGCAAAGAAGGAUCCAUUUGGAUCAGAUGAACUACUCAAAGAUGACGAUAAGUGUACACAGAAACUUGCUAACAUAUCGACCAACCGGAAACCUUCCUAUCUUGAUAAUCUAGGAGCUUCACGAAGCCCAACAGCACGCCAUUGAUAGCAUUAUAGAGGGAGAAAAAUGAACACGUACAGAAAAAAGAAACAGAGAAGAGAAAGAAAGAAAGAAAGAGUGAGAAAGCCCAACACUAAAAUGUGUAUUUUCAGACCCUUUAUUAAAGGGGUCCUUUUGGUUUGUGAAUUUCCGACAUAUUUCCAUUCCAUUCGUUCCUUUGGUAAAUAGGAAGAAUGAACAUGAGUGAAAAACCAAGAGAUUUCAAACAUUUUGUUCUGUCAUUCUGUACAAGAAAUGGAUUUGUAGUUCCUAGUCGCCCAAAUGCGUUCUUGGUAAUUGUCUUCAGAGUAGAGCAGACCCGAUAAUUAUGUGUG